UCAUCUGCUCCUGUCUUUUUUGUAGCUUUGCACGGGAUGCAGAGGGGGCUGUUGGCUUCUCUCUUGUCACUCCAACAUAUUUGAAUUGAAUAGUGAUUGAUAGAGCGAGGAGAAUAGAGGAGAGAGAGAGAGAGGAAGCGAGAGAGGGAGGGAGAAAGAGAGAGAUGUGGUUGAGCCUAUCCGGAGGAAGAAAGAAGCAACUAGCAGAAGAAGCCUCAGCAGUUACACUUGCCAAAGCGGCUCCACACAGCCAGCCAGGCUACCACCACUCUUUUUAUCUAGAUUUAGAUUUGGCACCACAUUUUUUAUUUUUAUUUUUUUUUUGAAUAUCUCUCCUGCUUGUGUGUGCUGGACUCUCGGUUGGGAAUGGGAUUUUCUUUAACAGUAACUUAACGGCGACAGCAGAAGCAGUUGCUGGACCGGCGUUUUUCUUUUUUCUUUUUUCUCUCUUUCUCCUAAACGGCGCCUCCUCGCAGCGGAUUUACAAAGCCUCUCCUGGAGCCCGCAAUGAGAUUCAGCACCCUGGACAGAGACUAAAGCACUUCAGCACCUUGGACAGCGACGAACCACGUCCUCUGGAGGCUGUGGAGAGGCUGGCACGUGGCAAGAGGAGGGGGGGGAAGGAUGGAUCUUCAGCCCGGUGUAAGAGCCUCCCCCCAGGGAAGCCAGCGUCGGACGCAAGGCCUCAUGGGCCGUUGACCUGCUGUCUUCUUUGAUUUAUGGCGGCUGGGGGCCUCUGGCCACUGCAGACUCCUCUCCUCUCUCUCCUCCGUUUCCCCUCACACACACUGCAGGAUUGCAAGGAGCCACACACACUGCACCACCGUGUACAGGAGUAUCCAAAGAGGAAUUCCUCGCACAUGCUGAGCUGCGGCGCCGGCACGCAGACGACUACCGCCACCGUUUCCUGUACUGUCUCAUGUAAAAAUAAACACCUACAUAAACACUGCUACGCUGCAGCACCGUGUCCCGCAAUCCCAUCACACGUCCUUUAGAUCGAGCCUGCCUGCCUGCCUGCCCGAGUAUUCUCCAUUUGACUGCGUGUGGAUUACUAUCAGUCAUGGUGUGUCAGCUGUAGAGCCCUUGGUGUAGCUGCUGCUCACGGGCAGAGGCGGAUCAAUGGAAGUGCGCUGAGUAACGAGGUGAUGUUCCUGUUUUCACAUGGUCUGAGAGCAAUCAGCAGCCAGCAUAUCUCCGCUGACUCCACGCGCCGCUCCGCUUCCACACUGCAAUAACCGCCCUCCUCUAUGGACUAUUAGUGCCGUGACUUAUAGUAUUAUUUUAAUAUUGGACACACGAGCUGGACAUUUGCUCCUGUGCACACUGCAGCUGUCAGAGCAACUUAAAUAUAUAUAUUUUUUCUCUCCAACCGUAAAAGGUUUGGAGGGGACACAGUGCCGCGGUUACCUUCUGGACUAUUUUUACCUUUUUGAAAGCUGGGGACAGAGAGUGGAGAGCCAGCAGGUGCCCUCGCCAUGGUGUUGCCGCCCCCAGACAAACGCCACGUGUGCCUGACCACAAUCGUCAUCAUGACCAGCAUGGCCUUCAUGGACGCCUACCUGGUGGAGCAGAACCAGGGUCCCAGAAAGAUCGGUGUGUGUAUUAUAGUGCUGGUUGGGGACGUAUGCUUCCUCAUAGUGCUGCGAUAUGUGGCGGUGUGGGUCGGUGCCGAGGUGCGCACCGCCCGGCGAGGAUACGCCAUGAUCCUCUGGUUUCUGUACAUCUUUGUUCUGGAGAUCAAGCUCUACUUUGUGUUCCAGAAUUGCAAGGCAGACAGGAAGAGUUUGGAGACGGUGGCCCGGAAGGCUUUGACGUUACUAUUAUCUGUGUGUGUACCAGGCUUAUAUUUGGUUCUCGUGGCUCUGGAUAGUAUGGAAUAUGUGAGAACUUUCCGGAAGAAGGAGGACAUGAGGAGCCGUCUGUUCUGGGUGGCUCUGGACCUGCUGGACCUGCUGGAUAUCCAAGCAAACCUGUGGGAACCCCAACGGACAGGCCUGCCCAUCUGGGCCGAGGGCCUGAUGUUCUUCUACUGCUACAUCCUGCUGCUCAUCCUGCCUUGUGUGUCGCUCAGUGAGAUCAGCAUGCAGGGGGAGCACAUGUCCCCCCAGAAGAUGAUGCUGUACCCAGUUCUUAGCCUGGUCACCAUAAACGUGGUCACCAUCCUCAUACGCGGUGUAAACAUGGUGCUGUUUCAGGACAGCCGCGUUUCCACCAUCUUUGUCGGAAAGAACGUGGUGGCCAUCGCCACCAAGGCGUCCACCUUCCUGGAGUACCGCAGACAGGUGAAGGAGUUCCCCCAUCCACAGAACGCCAUGGCGCUAGAGCUGCAGCAGAACUCUGUCAGCCACACGCAGCCGCUGCCCAACGCCACCAGUUUGCCACAUGAACCUUCGCCGGCACAGGACGUCAUUGACACAUGACCGCCAGCGCUGGACCCGUUAGAAAAACUGACUGAACUGCUUUUUUUUUUUUUUUUUUUUAAUGAAAGCUCCAGGAGUGGAAGUAGAUAGAGAAAUCAGCUGCAUGACAGGAUGAUAUUCUGCUCUUGUCAAGCCCACAUGAACUGCUGUGAAACCAUAAAAGAGAUUUUCAGCAUCACCUGCCUGUCAGAACAUACUGUAAACCUACACUUGACUGAGUGCAGUGUGCAAAACUUUAGAAAUCAAAGUCGAAAAAAAAAAAAAGGUUUUUAUUGUGCUGUUGUGUUUUUAAAUGUUUUAAAAAGUUCAAACUUUUAUUAAGAGACAAUCUCCACAUUGCGCAGCCCGGUGACGUUAUGUUGUGUAAAAUGGACAGUUGGUCCCUUUGCCUUGGUGAGUAUCUUGUAUUUUUUAAGGUCACUUUUUCGACAGGGUGGCAUUUCCUUUGUAUUCCAGCACCAAAGGACAAACCACUCAGCGUGAAGCACUGACAGAGAGGAGUGACACGGGUCAGUCAUGGGGGGUCUAACUGUGCCGUGUGGAGGAGGCCGUGUGGCGGCAGACGAAUGCUUUUUCCCCUUCCGGUGUUUGGAAAGGAAAGCUGCCGCCUCGGUCAGUCCGAUUAAAGCACCGGAGCUCAGCACCUACACCAUCCACUGCAGGCAUCAAAUGGUGUGUUUCACUGUGUGUGUGUAUGUGUGUGUGUGUGUGCGCACACUAGUCUAUAGAGUAUGUAUGCCUGCAAGCGUACGGUACGUGUUCGCCACAGGGGAGGUUUGUUUCAAAUAGUUUUGGAACAGAUGUGAGUGGUUGAUGUGUGUGAUGAAUUGCAAAUGAGACAAAAUAUGUAGAGAUGUGAGGAGGAGAAGAAGAAGGAAAAAAAAAAA